UUUUGACGCCUCGCGUAGAAGAGACCGUGGAUAGAAAAAAAAUUUAAACGGACUUCGGUCAGAGGCGUGCGCGUGAUACGACUGUUCCUGUGUGAACGCGACAUCUACGUCAUCGCAGUCUCGCAAGGCUUGCACUUGUCACCGUCGAGCAAGGCGCCCAAGCUAACGCCGCGGUUUUUGCUGCUGACAGCGUGUCCGGGAGUGUCGUCGCAGCGACCUUGUUGCGCCAGAAAUGUCCCGCAAGCGUCCCCGCCCAUGCAAUGACGAGAGCUGCGAGUUCAUGCCAAUUUCAAAGAAGAUUAACAACCUCAGGAUACGGGUCAACUCCCAUGACACUGUGGACGAAGACACGAGCUCUUCUGGCGGGUCUUGCCCCGACCAUGCCCCGCUGGCGCACAUGGUUUCCAACGGCGGCGACAACAACCCACACUACGGCGCCAUCAACCGGCUUCUCUUUGAAGCACACAUGCAGAGGCAGCAGCGAAUACUUGGUGCCUCCCAUCAGCGACUCCCGGAACACUGUCCCGGUCCGAGUCAGCUGUGAUCGCUCCGGCACCCUUACCGGAUGACCUCGCAUGCUUCGUGUUUGGCUGCGCCAGUGGCCGUUAUUUUACCGUGACAAAACUGCGCUCUUCGCAAGGAUGCGAGCAGAGAUGUGUCCCCAGUGGGACACAGGCACUCUUUGACAUCCGUACGCCAGCCACCUCUGCACGUCCCUGCGGUGUGAGAGCCACUCCAUUUUGUGUGGUUUUUAUCGUGGCUACAACAAAAGGCAGUUGGACCCGCGGUACAUAGCCCAUCUGCGACUUCCUUGCGACUCUCAGGGGUCUUUUGUUUUUUUCUGGUCACCGCUGCUAGGAAAGUCAAGCUAGGUGGCAAACCCGCCUCGUCAGGUUGCUUGUGUUCAUUAAGGAAACGUUGAGGAACAGUGCUAAUAAGGCUGCUUACACGUUAUGGUGUUAUGUCUGCCUGCACAGUGAUUUCAGUUGCAUUGAACUGGUAGUAGAGAAACGUUGGCAGGACUGCAACUUGAUGCUGAAGCUAGCAUCCUUCGACCAGGGUUGUGAAAAAUUGACCUGUUCUUGCCACAAAGCCACUCACCAUCGUUUGAUUUGAGCGACUGAAAUUGCAGUGUGGGAAUUUGUAGAUUUUCUGCGUGACUUGCUUUUGCUCUCUCAGGUGGCUCAUUGUGUCAUCGGGAGUAGCAUCGCCCAUACAAAAAUGUCGGCUCAUCGUCUUCAAACAGUGCGUACAGCUGAGCGUUUGAGAAACAUUGUGAAACGGCGCCGUGGCUACAAAGUUUGCCGAGAGGACUUUUGCGUGGAUAAUGUGUGCCAGAGUCAAAGCAUCUGUAAUGUAGUGGCGCUGCGUUUGGUGGGGCCAUUAGACAGUUGUGUUGGGAGUGCAAGUACUUUUUUUUACAGAGUGGGUCUGCAGCCAGUGUCAUUCUUAGCCAGUGACAGGGUAUUACCACAAAGCACAAAUAAAAAUUUGUGCUGCCUAUUCGACCCCGGGUGUAAUGUAAGCCGUUGAUGUGGCUGCACCCGCCUCUUGUAAAGCAACUUCAUCAAAAGGAAGCGUUCCUGCUAAGUCCUCUACUUUUGGUUACAUCUUGUAUUGUGGCCUGCACUCGGAUUGCGAGAUUUGCAUUUGAUCCGAAGACCCAAAUUAAGCCUUGCGUCACCAUCAGUGUAGAACAAUUAUAAGCACUUCAUUUUAGCAUUUUGAGGGCCUUCAUUGUUAAUGAAGUUGUUUUGAAUUGAGUGGUAUGUAGCCUGCGCUUGCAACAAUCUUUUUAUGACUUCAUUCCUGUGUAGCGCCGUACAUGCAAUGGUGGGUGCGUUUUGCAAACAUGUGUAUAUUUCUUUGAAAAGAGCACUUAGCAGCAUUUGGUGUGAUGCCGCUGUCAUUGAUAAAAUCUUCGUUACAUAGGUAGAGUGGCACAUUGUUCUAUUUAACCAAAUUAGUUGGAUCUGCAAGGCGGAUGGACCUUCAUUUGUUUUGUUCCGAAUUAUCCGUGAGUGCAGUUAAAAACCAGCACUUUAUACUUUGGAGGACAGAUUGUUUAGCUGAAGUUAUAGUUAGACUUUUAAAAGCUGUUUCUUGGUAUGAAUGCUUUACUGGGCAGCUACUCAUUUGAUUUUACUAUCAUUCGAAGGUGCAGUUUCUGCGAAAAAGGUUAAUUUCCUCGCAGCUUGGUCAUGCAGCCUUUAUAGAUUGGAAUGCCACGUUUGUUGCAUGUGCUUUUGCAGAAUACAUCCCUGAAUUCGAUAAGUUGCACUCCGAGACUCCACAGAAAUUGCUUUUUCCGAGAGUCUGGCUCCUUGUCAGCCUUAUGGAGUUAAUGGGACUUAACAAUAUAAGGCACCACUGACUUAACUUCAAGUGUUAUCAAACAGUCUGUGGUUUAGAUGGGACUUGCAAAUCUCCACUGAGCACGCAUUGUUACCAUUCACAUUUUCAGGUGCGGAAGGUUUGCUGCAUUGGGCAAGGACUCUCCAUUUCUGUAUGUUCAUUAUCAGUUCAUUCUAUCAAAGCAAGUCCAAGUCCCCAAGACUGAGCCCCGCAUGUCAGAUUUGUACUGUAACCUUGUGAUCUGAUAGGUGUAGCAUGCAUCACUUCUCACCAAAGCAUGCACGUAGGUACAAAUGAGGUUCUAGGCACGUGAGGAGUCAUCGCUUGCCAUGUUUCAGCGGGAUGCCACAGGAUUUUGAAGUGAUUGUGCAUGUAUGUGACUGUACAAGUUUAACGCCUUGUAAGAUAGUAGUUAAGAAUAGAUGUUCAAAUUUCUGAAGUGAGCCUUUCUGCAGGGGGAGAGGCCUUCGUCCUGCAGUGAACAUAAAUAUAGCCUGAUGAUGAUAUUGCAGUCGGAAAGAAGAAAAAAAAAAUUUCGGAAAAGUUGGCCAGAUAUCACCUUCUCCCUCAUUGCAACAUGCUGUGUAAGUGAGAUCAAUUGUUUUUUUUGUUUUUUUUUUUUUGUUUUUCAAUCUUCUCGAUUAGCUGGCUGUUGUGGCCUCUGAACUUUUGCUUUGUACAUGUUGUGACACUUCAAGUGCACGCAAGUCUGGUUAUCCCGCUUGUCUUAAUUGUAGUGGAAUAACCAUGGUGGUGCUUUUAUCAGACUGAUCUGCAUUGACUGUAUGGUUUCUAAAAUUUUUUGUCCCUUUGUAUACUAGCUGUUCUGAUAGUUUCGCACUCCUUGUAUGAUUGCACAUUGGGCAAUUUGACAUUCAGUGGCCAAUGCUCUGUAGACAUCAGGCUUGACUCGAACAUGAGACUAUGUAUCUGGCAUAAUCAGCUAGCGCCAGGAAAAUUGGCCACGAAGUCCGAGGCAGCACCCAGGGUCAGUGUGCGACAUUUGUAGACAGUUGGUCUUGCAGCUGCGACUGAAAUGUGGCAGCUGCCUAAACAAGGGACUGCGGUUGUUGUCAAGUGCUUGCUUGCCAAUCUGAAGCAGCUACUCGGAGUCAGCAGGCAAUGCUUCACGGUGCUUGCGCAUUCGACAGAGGCACUGCUGCAAGCAUUGUCUUCUUGUCUGGAAUGACUGAUAUUUCAGACGGGUAUUCUGUGGAACUGGCCAGGCGCAUCAAGCAGCGCAGAUGUAAAUAGCAUUGUCUGCAUUUUAUCUACAUUUCACUGCACUCUUUAUCAUUGAAGUUGUGGUCCACAGAUGUCUGGCCCAUGUUCAUUUAAAUGCAAACCACUGUGUCCCAUGUGCUGCUGUUCUAUCACACACACAACACUGAGUACCCAUUCAUAGACAGAACUUAAGAAGGCACGUAAUGGGCGCACAAGCUUGGCCUUCAUCAUGCGCAUGGUUAGGAUUUGCAUCUUUCCAUUGCAUCGAGUUGUGCAAUGACAUGUUGCCUACAGCUGUAGCCGCACGUCUUUGGCAUUGUGCGCAUUCAUUGACACACCUGUGUGCAUAAGCGCAGCUGUAGCAAAUGCUCACACAAACACACCUGCUGCACUUCCUACAUGGCUUACGCGUGCAGUGGAGAUUUAACUGAUGGCUCAUAUUUGGUACUCGGCACUAAGCUGUAGCUCGAAACAAAAUUGAGCCGUCUGGAGCUGCAGUUGUCCGGCACCGCGAGACCAUUUACCUGUGAUAUUCUGCUCAUGGACCACAGCUGUUUUGCGAGCUGUACUAGAAAUAACAUUGUGCCCAUGCUAGGUUCUUUAAAUGUGCUAUAAUGGCUGAAGGUAGUGCUUGAGUACUACUGCCCGGCAGAGUUUGCCCUGAUGUGAACUAAAUGCACAUAUACCCUCAUGUUACCUUCCUGUUCAUGAAAUGUAAACUGCAUGCUGUGUAGACUUAUUGCCUUGUUGACAGAUGACCACGGCCCUGUCCGAGUGAGUCUUGUACGCAACACAUUUGUAGCGCACUCACGUCUAGUGGCUGGCUCUUUCGUGGACAUGCUGCAGUGCACCCAUUCUGUUAUUGGAUGUGUCCAGGUUAUGCAAUGCCGAUUGCAGAUGCCUUUCCUUGCCACAUUCCAAAGUUGUACUACAAUGCUGCCUUAGUGGACAUCCUUUGAAGCAAGAUGUGUGUACAUAACGCUGAAAACUAUAAUAGGUAACAUGUACUAUAAAGGCGCUCUCACCUAGUUUCUCUCUCUUUUUAGAACACUAUUUAUUGUGAAGUGUACAGUGACACUUGUAUCAUAUAUGUGACUGCACAAACGGUUCUGCUGUAGUAAAAUAAAGUGCAUGCACAACUA